AUGUCUAGCACCCGCGACCGCCGCGUAGCAAAGGAGCUGCAAGACAUCCAAGCCGACCGCGACAACUCUGGCGUCUCCGCUGUCCCCGCAGACGGCUCCUCCCUCAGCAGCCUGUACGGCUACAUCACCGGUCCCCCCGACACACCCUACGCCGGGGGAACUUACCAUAUCAAAAUCACCAUUCCAGACUCCUAUCCUUUCAAACCUCCCAUCAUGAGCUUCAUCACCAAAAUCUAUCAUCCCAACAUUAGUAGCCAGACUGGCGCCAUCUGUCUUGACACCCUAAGCACGGGUUGGUCCCCCGUCCAGACCAUCAAGACAGCUCUCCUCUCUCUCCGAAUGCUUCUCGAGUUCCCCAACCCCAAGGAUCCCCAGGACGCACAGGUUGCCAAGCUCGCCAUGGACGACCCCGAGCAGUAUGCCCGCAUCGCACACCAGUGGGCCGUCAGCUACGCUGGUGCUCCCGACACGCAUUUUGACUCGUCAAAGUACAGGAAGGAUGGCGAUCAGAAGGCUACGCCUGUAGGAGAGGAGCAGUAUGUUUUCUUUCUUUCUUUCUUUCUUUUUUCCCUAUCUGCCCUCCCCUUCUCCUUUCCAUACUUCUUUCAUCGGAGGAAAACUGACAGAAUUCACAACAGGUACAUGGGCUACCACAAGAAUCUCGUCGGGCGAUUUACAAGCAUGGGUUUCGAGGUGUCGGCCGUCGUCAACGCCUUCAUACGUGCCGGCCUGCCCCGCAAGAACGGUGCCGACUACGAGCCCGAGGAGGCAUACCUCGGUGACGUUACGGCUCACCUUCUCGGCGAGUCGUGA